AAGAAGAAAGAAAUACAUUAAUUCAGCUGUAGUUUAUACCGCUGCACAGUUCGCUCUUUUUUCUGUCGUUUACAGACUUUCUCCGUUCGUACCAAAACCUUUUUCCACACUGACUUCAUCCACCACAUGAAGUGCGAACAUGUCUACUGAAAAGUGUUUCGCUAAUGGAAGCGCUGCACCUGGUCCAGUCCCCAAAGGCCACAUCAGGAUUUACAGUAUGAGAUUCUGCCCCUUUGCCCAGAGAACCAGAUUAGUGCUGAAUGCCAAAGGAAUCAAACAUGACACCAUCAACAUCAACCUGAAAGAUAAACCUGACUGGUUCAUUGAGAAGAAUCCCCUUGGUCUUGUCCCAACACUGGAAACACCUGCUGGUGAGGUGAUAUAUGAGUCUCCCAUCACCUGCGAAUACUUGGACGAAGUUUACCCUGAGAAGAAGCUGCUUCCUUCAUCUGCUUUUGGUAAAGCUCAGCAGAAGAUGAUGCUGGAGCAUUUUUCCAAGGUAGUACCAUACUUCUACAAGAUAUCAACAGGGAGGAAUAAUGGCGAGGAUGUCUCAGGACUGGAAGCUGAACUGAAACAGAAGUUCGCCAAAUUAAAUGAGGACCUGGUUAAUAAGAAGACCAAGUUUUUUGGUGGCGAUUCCAUCACAAUGAUCGACUACAUGAUGUGGCCAUUUUUUGAGAGGCUGGAUAUCUUUGAACUGAAACACUGCCUUGACAACGUGCCUGAGCUGAAGACAUGGACAGAGUGCAUGUCGGAGGACCCGACUGUCAAAGCCACCAGGCACAGUGUGGACACCUACAGGGGCUUUUACAAGACUUACAUUGAGGGAAAACCCAACUACGACUAUGGCCUGUAGAAAAUACCGACCAUAACAUUAAACCGUCCAUUUAUAUUCAUGUUUUUGGUUAUGGUUAUUGUGGAUUCAUUUUGUUUUUCAAACUUUGAUGUAAUAGGAAAUAUGCUUCAAUAAGAUAUCAUGAGGAAUUCAGGAUCCAUUUGAAGAGGGAAAAUGUGUUUUUAAUUGGACAUUUUCAGACUUAUUUUGUUAUGAGGGAAAAGAAUCAAAUCAUUCUAAUGGGAAUGGGUUACAGUAAUUGUAUGACUCAAGAUAUUUUCAAUGAUCCAUCUCUGCUGCACUGUUUCUAAUAAAUUGUGGAUGUAAUGACUCUGA